GGCAAAUUUAUCCAACGUCUUUAUUAUAUGACAAAUUUAUUAUAUGUUGACAUUAGAACGAGAAGGCAGGUAGAGAGUACACCAUGGAGGAGGCCUGUACUGCUUUUCUCUCCAGAGAGGGCUGGUGUGAGAUCCGACCUCCGAAGGUGUCACUUCUGUCCACCUGUCAUCCAAGUAUCCUCGUACACGCCGAGACAGAAGAAAAAAUCAGACAGCCUCGCGCCCGAUUGCGCUUCCCCCGAGCAAUUGUUCCCCGUACAACUUCUAUUCCCCAUCAAUUCUUCCUUCUCCCAGCAUGGCCGGCGAGGACAGCCCCACCAAGAAUGUCUCGGGUCGACCGCAGUUGUCCUCGAUGAGGACCAGCUCCUAUCUCAAAGAGCACCAGCAGUAUCGGCCUCCGAAACACCCGGACAACCAUUUCGGCAUCGAUACCGUCGUCGAAGAUCUACAAGGCGCCAAGCUAUCCCCUGCGCAGCCCUUCAGCCCUUUCAACGGCGUGCCCUCCAAGGACGAGCCGCCGAGGAUCCUCGAAGGCGUCAGCCACGACUUCACCCAUCCGAAUUGCGCUCCGCCGCGGGGCACCAGGUCCGACCGGCUCGUGGCCACCCUCGUCUACAAAUCCGCCUCGGCGCUCGCCUCCCGCGCCAGUGCCUCCCCGAGGCUGGUCUCCUCCGACUCCGAUAUUCCCGCGAACUUAGCCCCCACCACCGACAUCGAGUCCUUUCCCUUGGAGCCACCGGCUACGGCAGAACCCGAAUCUCUGGAUCGCCUGUACGGCUCGUACAUCUCUCCGCUAUGCAUCACGUCCUUCCUCCAUCUCAUGUCCUCGUUUCCCUUGCCCCAAGGCGUCACCGAAGCCACCUCGUCGCACCGUUGCCUCGACGACCCGGACCACCCUCUGGUGGUCGAGCUGACCUUAUCCCCGGCUCCGUCCCCCGACUACCUCUCGCUGGCAGACCUUCGGAAGCACGAGCUGAUCUAUCGCUUCGAGCGCGAGUGGAACGUCGACGUCGCGCUGCAGCGGGAUACCCUCUGGCGGCGUUAUCCGCGCCUGGUGGUCUUCGACAUGGAUAGCACCUUGAUUACGCAGGAGGUGAUUGACUUGCUCGCGGCGGCCAUCGCGGACCCGCCAGAUUUGGCUGCCAAGGUCGCCCAGAUAACCCAUCGCGCCAUGCUGGGAGAGCUAGAGUUCGACGCCGCGUUUCGGGAACGGGUCGCGCUGCUGAGGGGACUUCCAGCCACGAUAUUCGAGCAGCUGCGGCCGGCCCUGGAGGUCACGACGGGAGUGCCCCAGCUGCUCAAGGCUCUCAAGAGGUUGGGCGUCACGACGGCGGUGCUGUCUGGCGGCUUCCGGCCCCUGACGGGGUGGCUGGCUGUCGAGCUGGGAAUCGACCAUGCCCACGCGAACGAGGUCGUCAUCGACGACUCGGGGCGCCUGACCGGCGAGGUAGAGGGGACUAUCGUGGGCAAGGAGCGGAAGAAGGAGCUCCUGCUGCAGAUCGCUAAGCAGGAAGGCAUUUCCCUAGACCAGGUCGUCGCGGUCGGCGACGGUGCUAACGACCUCUUAAUGCUCGACGCGGCAGGGUUGGGGGUAGCUUGGAACGCUAAGCCGAGGGUGCAGUUGGAAGCUGGUGCGCGACUCAACGGCGACAGCUUGGUCGACUUGCUGUAUCUGUUUGGCUUCACGAAAGAGGAAGUAGACAUGUUAACAACAUGAAGCCGCGGUAGGUACUGCUUGCCCUGCAGAGAAGAACUCUACCAUUUCCGUACACGUGGAUCUAGGCUGUCGGUAUCACCGCGCUGGGGGUCGUAAAAUACAGGUAUAUACGAGAUAGGAUGGGGUAUGGGAGGGAUACAGUGACGGCGGUUCUUCCAGCGGUUCA